CUUCCAUGUUAUUACUUUGACGAAAGAUUCAUUGAAUAUCCACUGGAUAUAACUCCAGUGGACAUACUAUUUUAUAUAAUAAUGUGACAUAUGACAUACGUAAUAUAAUUUCUGUUUAUUGUGUGUCAAAGCAUGGCACUAAAAAAAUAUCGAUUUUCGUAUUAGAAAAUAGUACUGUUGAUUUCAAAUUUCCCAUACUGGUGACGUCACGUCCACGCGACGCCGAUCGGGCCGAUCCGCAUGCGCAUCGCAUCUUGUAUAGACUACAUACAGAUAGAUCGCGUGUUGCUAUAAAUAACAGUUUUCCGCCAAAAAGCAAAAUUUUAGAUUUAUUGUGUAUAGUGCAGUAAACAUUUGGUUUUCCUAUUAAAGUUUCAAGAUGCCCAACUGGAAAAUUGUUAAAUUCAUAAAGGAUUGCACAAUCGAGGCAGUUCCAUGUACGUGGAUUUUAGCAGAAGAUAACAGUCUUUGCUACUGGCCACCGGCAACAUAUACAACGGAGUCUCUUACUGUAGCGCUGAAAAACCAUGAUGAACCCGAAGACAAUUGGCCCUUAUAUAAGAUUUGUCAUUAUGUAAAUAAUACAUAUGAAUCAUAUUCUUUGGCUGUGAGUAAACGGUUAAAAGCUAAGAAAAACAAUAAUAUCGAAAACCUCGCCUCCGACUCCGACACUACUUCCAAGAAAAAAAGAAAACAUGUAAUGAAAAGAGUCCUGUCUUCGUCGGAUGAUGACAGUGAUGAGAGAGUAGUCAAUUCUCGGGUCAGUUGCUUGCCGAUGCCACCUAAGAAAAAUGCUCGGAAAAAUGGUUCUGAUACAAAUGUAUGCAAUCAUGUAAAUGACGAAGUUGAGGAAGUGGAUGCCCCUAGACCAAUUACUAACAUAGAUACACCUCAGCGUCCACCUAAAGAUCAAAAUAAAAAUGGAAAUACGUUGGGUGCAGGUGUCUCUGAUGUAAACUACUGUGAAGAAUGCAGUUUGUGUCCAAGGCACAGGCAACGGGGAAACGAUGCUGAAGCUGGAUUGAAAAUGCAGAAAGAAAUAUUACGGCAACAACGCCUCAUUAAAGGGAUGAUUAUGGAUGUAGUAGAAGAAUUGCAUAGUAUUAAAAACAAAAACAAUUCAACAACUGAAGUUACUACGAAUUCCAUUUUCUCCCAAUUGACAUUGCCAGCCAAUGAUCCGAAUGAUUUGGUGGCACUGGAAGAUUACUUAAGCGAGGAGAGCAACUUCAAAGCAGCAGUGCAUGAAAUGUCGAAUGUAGGAGGCAAUAAUUUAUAUGAAUUUGCGAAGCGAAUUGUAUCUAGUUUCAUGACUGACAAAAUCGCAACAAAUUAUACCUAUUAUGGACUGCGUAACAAACAAAAUUUUUCAAAAUUACGCCUUUGUGCACUAAUCUUGGACGCCAGAAAAAUGAAUAAGCAAUUUGGAAAUGCCUCUGUUAAAGAAGUGGAAGAGUGUGUAAUGAAAUGGUUGCGGAGAUCAAAAGAAAGAUCUGAAUUCAAGUUAAAGAAAAAUAACAUGAAUGAUAUGUAAUUAUUAAUAAACGUUUAUUAUUAAAGGCUUCUCUGGUUAAAAUAG